AACAGGUAUGUCAAGUUGAGAAAAAAAAAUGAGAAGGCACCAAGGAAAAAUUGUUCCAAGGGUUGCUGUCAAGGUCGAAAUGAAGAGGGCAAACAGUGGCUACUGGACAGCACAUUGGGCCGGGGACAGUGGCCACUCCAUUUUUCAAGUGACCAAAAGGCUUGAGCAAUAUGUUGCCAACCUCAAUGAGAGAUCAUGCUCAUGCAGGUACUUUGACCUAACUGGCAUACCAUGUUGUCAUGCCAUGUCUGCAAUAGGGUAUGUCCAACUUGAUCCUGAGGACUUUGUGAAUGAAUGCUACACCAAAGAAGCCUACAUGAGAGCAUACGAAUUUUCUGUCAUGCCUACAAAUGGUGCAACACUUUGGCCUAGGGUAAAUGGUGAUCCAAUUCUUCUUCCCAAGUAUACCAAUGCACCAGGUAGGCCAAGAAAGAGAAAAAGAAGAGAGUUUGAUGAACCAAGAACAACCAACUUAUUGAGAAGAAGAUAUCCAUUAGUCAAGUGCUCCAAAUGUGGGGUUGAGGGGCAUAACAAGAGGACUUGUAAUGGACCAAACAGGAGGGAGGUGAUAAAUCCAACUCCACAGACAAGGUCAUCAGUGGCUUCCAUUAGAAGAUGAUGAUCUUUAUCAAGAAUCCAAAGAAAUGUUAAUACAAAUGAGGCAGCGCCAAGUACAAGCAACAUUGGGAGGAGCAAGAUAAGGGUGAGGAGGUCUGUUUCAAAACACACAUUGCAUGCUACCGCUUCAAAAUCUAGAUACUCAUCCAUUGUGAAUGCCAGUCAAGAAUCAAAUGCAAAAGCACCCAAUUAAGAUUGGAGUUGGAACUGAACUUAUGUGGAAGGCAUUUUGGUAUAUUUGUUUAUGCUUUGCUAUUUGAGCACAUAUUUUGAUAUGUUUAGUUUGAAUUUGGGCAUCCAAUGACUUUGAAAUAAUAGCUUUUUGAGGAAUGAAUAUCAUUCCUGGUUAUGUUA